GUUAUGUGCCGUGUGUGUCCGGUCUGGCAGGCAGCGGAUGUAAAAUAGUGGCGUAGGAAGUGCCCAAGAUUUUACGAAAAUUACAUCGUAAUUAUCUUUGUUUUGUACUUGUGUUUAUUUCUAAUGAUAUGAAUCAUUAAAUAAUAUGAUUAAAUGUUAUUUUGACGUGAAUGGAUCAGUUGAUGUACGGCGGCGAGUUUGAACUGAUUUGUAAUUAUUUGUAGUGUCUUAAGCAUUAUGUAAGCACCUGUUCUGUUAUCUGCUGCAUUUGGUUAUGAGUUAACUUGAAUACUGCCAAACUGUGAAAAGAAAUUAUUUUUCAGAAGCAAAUGGUUGUCAUCAGUAACGUGUCUCCAAUAUGGAUGACUUUGAAGAAGACUUUCAAUUAAUCGAUUAUAAGUUCCCACCAACAUCCCCUACCAUCAAUAAUAUCGAUGGUAAGGUGACAUGUGACUUGACCAGCUAUGAUCCUUCUCCAGAUUUUCCUGUGAGCAUUUAUUCUCAUCCUCAGCUGCAAGUUUUCAAGAUUUUUACCAACAACAUUACGAUCCCCCAUGAAUUGGGCGGAAUGAAAAACUUGGAACAUUUGGUAUUGUGUCGUUGUGAAAAUGAAAAUGAGGAAAAUCCUCCAUUUAUCAUUCCGAAAUCUUUUGUUAAUCUUAGCCAACUCAAGGUGUUGGAUUUGCGAAACAAUAAUUUGGGAGCUUUUCCGGCACAUUUAACCAGGCUGAUUAAUCUCGAGGAGCUGUGUAUCAGUAAUUGUCAACUUACUGGCCUUCCUGAGCUUUUUGCUUAUUUACAAAAUCUGGAAAUUCUUGAUAUAAGUAAUAAUGUAUUGAAACAUCUACCAUCGUGCAUUACAAGACUUUCAAAUCUACGUAAACUUUAUGUAAGCGACAUCGAUCUACAGGAUAUCCCAGAAGAUAUCAAGAACUUGAAAAAAUUAGAGCGAUUGCAGCUUACAAAGAACAAACUUUCCACUCUUCCCAAUGGACUUUUUGAGUUGACUAAUUUGAAGAAAUUAUAUCUGAACAGCAAUCUGUUGAUGGCUUUACAUGAAAAUUUAGGAAACCUUGUCAAUUUGAGGUACCUGGUUCUUAAUCAGAAUAAAUUAAAAACUCUACCAAAAUCUAUUGGCCAGUUAAAGGAGUUGCGAUAUCUUAAUCUUCAUGAGAAUCUCUUGUCUUCCCUACCUCGAAGCAUAAAACACCUUGGACAAAUGGAGACACUUUUUUGUGACAAUAAUCCUUUACAAGUUCCACCAGUUGGUGUAUGUAAUCAAGGAAUACAAAGUAUCCGUAGUUAUUAUCAUGCCAUGGAUAAAACUAAAGAUAUUCAUUCAAAACGACUAAAGGUCCUUAUAUUGGGACAGUCUAUGGCGGGAAAAACAUGUCUUGUAAAAAUGUUGAUGGAGGGUGAAUCGACACAGAUAAAUGAAGAUGACAGAACAUUUGGUGUCGUGUUUUACAAUUGGAAACCUGAACCACAUGUGGACGAGUUGGAGUUGAUGGUUAUUGAUUGCGCAGGACAGAAAGCUUAUCAAAUGACUCAUCAACUUUUUCUCUCCGAAGGAGCGUUAUUUAUCUUGGUGGUGAAUUUAUUUCGUUACGUUUUUGAAAAUUCUGCAAAUUAUCACGAAGAAGUUGCACAAUGGAUAUCUCUAGUUGCGUCACGUGUUCCUAAAGCUAAAAUCCUAUUGGUUCCUACACACGUUGACCUAUGUCGUAAUGAAGAAGAGAUCGAUCUGAAAUGUCGAAAUAUUGUGAAAAAUAUGAAGGAACAACGCGAGGAAAUGUUACGUGAAAUAAUAGAAAACGUUAAACGUAAACUGGAACAUUGUGUUUCUUCUGAUGAAAAGUCGAAAAUUAUGGAGCAACUUCAAGAGCAGAAAGAUAAACUGCCUGUUUUGUCUUUACAUUAUAAGGAAGAGCACGAGAACUUAGACGGCAAUUUAGCCAUGAAUGUCAUUGCCAUUAGCAACAAAUCGCUGGCAGGCACCUUAAGGUUACGACGUGAACUCGUGAGGAUCGCUAGGGAUAAAAAUCUGUCCCCAUAUGUUGACAUAACUCUUCCAGAAUCAUGGGUGAACGUCGAGAAAGAGAUCAAAGCCCUUCGAAAGUCCCUUAAAGUGCCGUGUUUAUCUGUUUCCGAGCUUCACGAGUCGUUAAUCAUUCGGAAAAUUGAAGUUACAGAGUGUGAAUUGCGAUCCUGUGUUUUGUAUCUUGACACCAUUGGUGAGCUACAGUAUUUUAAGGACAUCCAAGGUAUGCAAAAAAAUAUUGUUUUGAAUCCGUAUUGGCUUGGAUCGUUGCUCAAGAACAUAUUUCGGCACGAUUUUAGUCUUGAGUACAACGAAAGCAUUAGAACGAUUGGUAUUGUAAAGUUUAUGUUUGAUCAAGACAAAAAUGAAUUGCUUGAAAAUGCUGUUAUGUCUGAGAAAAUUUUAAGAUGUUUGUGGUUGGAAUUUUUUGACGAUGAAGAUAUCUUCAGUGAACUUGUGAAGUUGUUAACAUACUUUGGCUUUGCCUGCAAGAUACCCACACCUGCCUACCAUCUUUCGGAUGCUCCCAAAGAUGGACCAUCUGGAGCAUGUUAUUUACUUCCGUGGUUCUUCAAAACAGAACGCCGAGGAUCGUUUCAUAAAAUAUGGCCACCAAAGCCCAAAUCCUCGCAGAUUGAAGUGACGGCUGGCUUUGGUCUUUCGCGAUAUCUUCCAUUUGGUAUUUUUCAGCGCUUCAGUGUAUUAUGCCAUCGCCAUGGACCUGACGAUUACGAUCAUUGGCAGAACGGUUUUCACAUGAACUUUGACGACGUUCAUAUCCAAAGCAAUGUGAUGAGGGAUCAUAGAUGUGAGACGUUACAAGUUACGGCAAGAGCACCAAAAUUACAAGUUGAAAAACUAUGGAAGGUGUUGCUAACAUUGCUUGAGGAAUUGCAGAAACUGCUGAAAGAAUGGCCUGGUAUGCAAUUUGUCACUUUCACAACUUGCCCCCAAUGUGUUAAACUAGGUGUCACCUCUCCCUAUCGUUUUACUGGAGACUGGUUUCGAGUCAGUGAAAAUCGAAGAAAUUACGUAUGUUGUCCAGCAAAAAUAGAUGGUGUUCCUCAUAAAGUAAAUAUGGAUCAUUUAUUUCCUUCAAAAGUUGCUUUUCAGGAAUAUCUUCAUCCAGAAUCAACUGAAAUUCCUGAUGUUUGUUUGAGGCAAGAUUGGUUGGAUGAUAUUGCGAAAGAACUGGGCACGAGUUGGCCAGGUCUAGCUCGCAAGCUGCAACUUGGGAAGUUAGACGACACUAUUAGGGUCGAUUAUCCCGGCAAUACACGCGAACAGUCCGUGAAAAUGCUUACAAAAUGGAUGGAGAGAAUGGGGAAAGAAGCAAAGAUUGGAAUAAUCAUUAAAGCACUCAGGGAAUUAGAUUUGAACAAUGUUGCCGAUAUGAUAUUGACUAAAUCUCGUCAAGUCUGACAAAAUAAGAUGUUUUAAAAUUGAAUUUUUAAUCAACGUUUAUGCUCUUUUAUAAUCGCAAUUUACAAAUUUUAGAAAUUCAAUUUAUAAGCUUUCUACUUCUAAGGCAGAUAAUUUUCAAGAAAUGUGAAAUAUAGUAUAAUUAUUACAUUCCAAAUUUUAGAAAUAUAGUGAUAUGAAAUUAUUACGACACAAA